AACGAGAGGAGAGUACGAGGCGCUGCGGCAUAAAUACAUCGGGAAAUUCUCCCGUAAUGCCAGUUGUGCGUGAGACAACCAUUAACUCGUAGCCAUUAUCAGCUGCACUCGACCUCGGCUCGACUUCGACUUUCCUCGACCGAUAUAUAGCUGGAUAUACUCAGGAGCUAGCGAGUGUCUCUCGCAAGUGCACAUCGACGCGCUCGCUCACCGGCUCGUCAACAGAUCGACGAUCGAAUUCUGCCGCAAUCUCCUCGUCGAAUUUUCUCUCGACGCUUCUUCGCGCGGCCGCUGCAAACGAGUAUAAACAAUCGGCUCCGCGGCGCAUCUAUUCAAAUCGUUCGAGUAGGCGAGUCGCAAGAGUGCACCGAUCGUUGCAUCCUCCCCAGCAAUAUACAUUCAAGGCCAAUAUUAUUCCGAUUCGGAGCUGUCGUUUUUUUUCGGUCGAUACUCAGGUAUAAUCGUUCUUGCAUCGUUACAAGUUCCAUAUAAUCGCCUAUCAGCAUGAGCAGCUUGACGGACAACAGAUCGUCGACGGUGAGGGGCUACUCGGAGGUGGCCGGCAACAACCAGCCCCUCAUCGCCAACAGCAUCAACAAAAACUCCAACAACCUCGACGAGAUCUCGGACCUCUGCUACAUCGACGUCAAGUCCGACAAUCCCUACGAUCUCUUCAAGGAGUGGCACAAGGAGGCCUGCGUCUACUCGACCGGUUUGCCUCACGCCCUCUGCCUGUCCACCGUCUCCAAAGACAUGAAGGUGAGCUCGCGUCACGUCGUCCUCAGAAGAAUCGAGGAGGACGGCUUCUGCAUCUACACGGAUAAUCGCAGCCGAAAGACCAAAGAACUGACCGAAGUACCGGAAGCUGCCAUGUGCUUCCUCUGGGCCUACAUCAACGACAAGGGACAAAAAGUAGCCCGACAGGUGAGAAUCGAGGGUGAGGUGGUCGUCAUGGAUAAGGACGCGUACGCCGACCUCUACGACAAGGACAAGCUCUUCUGCAAGAUACGGGCCUACAUCUGCCACCAGGACAAGGAGGUCGACUGGAACGAGCUCAAGGCCAAGCACGAUCAGCUGCUGGAGGACGUCAGGCAGAACAAAGUCAACCUGCCCAUGCCCGAUCACUUCAUCGGCUACAAGAUGCUGCCCAAAGCCAUCGAGUUUUACUACGCGCGCGACACCCUCAUCGGCGACCGCAUCCUCUUCGAAAAGUCCGAGGACAGUAAUCAGUGGUCCUGGAAGAGAAUCGCAGCCUAAGAACACCACGUUCCAUCUCAUCGCAGCUAUAUCUAUCCGUUUUAUUAACUCGAGACAGAAUAAGCGCCCCUUUUUCCGACUCUUCUUCCUUUCUUCUCCUCCAUGCCACUACAAUAGUAUUAACGCUAUUUUGUAUCGAAAUUUUACCAAGCUAUAUCGACAUUAUUCUUGCAUGCGAUCGCGUGUGACACCUCUCAUAUAUUAUUAUUAUCAUUAUUAUUAUGAAUAAUUUUAUUGUUUAUCUGUACUAAUCGUAAGCACGCGCGUUUGUAACACCGCUAAACUUUUUGCUACGCAUAUUAUGUAAUUACAUGUAUACGCAUAAUAAUAUUUAUCCAGUGUAAUAUUGGAAAA